GUAAUGGUUUCUUCCAGCUGAGGGAGGGAAACUGAAUUUGACAUUUGAUUUUCCUCCAGAUGUGCUAAUCAGUGGCAGUGAGCACUGCAGAAGAAUAGAGCAGAGAGCAGCAAGAGCAUACCUGUCAGACUCUGUCAUUUACUGGCAUGGCAGCAGGGUUUUAAAUGCCUGCAGUUGAGCUUGUAAGAUUUGCUCUUGGCUUUGACGUUGCGUUCCUAAGUUCCUGGAGAAUGUGAAUUGCAGCACACAGGUGUGUUGGCACCUUGUCACCCGGACUGCCUGGUGCCUUGCCAGUUUCACAAUUAUUCUCCUUUUCGUAUUUGCUUCUUCAUUAUAGCAGUCGUCCUGAUAAAGGGUGCUUGCAGCAGCUUGCCAGGCCAGGCAGUGGGAACUUCAGGGGCUGCUCCUGCUUUGCUGUUAUCUUCAGCUGCAGUUUUCCAGGCUUUCAACGAGGAGACCUGUCAUGCAUCAGCUGCCAAGUUAGGAGCCUAAUACUGAACUGCGAGUGAGUAAGUGUGUCCAAAAUCGGCAAUGACAGCCAUGAAGGAGCAGCCUAACAUGGGCAGGGGAAGCCAGCAGCAGCAAGACCAGGAGAUAGGAGGUGCAAGCCCUCCCCAGAGAAACUGGAAGGGAAUUGCUAUUGCACUGCUCGUGAUCCUUGCGGUGUGCUCUCUCAUCACUAUUUCGGUCAUUCUUUUAACUCCAGAUGACACUUUGAAAACAGCAGAUGCUCGACUGUCUUUGGAUGACCUAUUUAGAAUAGAGUUCACUGCACAUGACCCAGAAGUAAAAUGGAUAAACGAUGCUGAGCUGGUGUACCGGGCCAGAGAUGGCCAUGUGAUCAAACUGAAUAUAGUAACAAAUGAAACAACAGUGUUGUUGGAAAACAGCACCUUUGUAACAUUUAAAGCAACAAAAUACUCCGUCUCCCCAGAUCUUAGAUUUGUUCUUCUUGCAUAUGAUGUCAAACAGGUCUUUCAUUACUCCUAUACUGCAUCAUAUGCUAUUUAUGACAUACAUACCAGGGAAGUGAGAGAACUCAAUCCUCCAGAGGUGGCGAAUUCUGUGUUACAGCAUGCAGCGUGGGGUAAAACAGGACAACAGCUUGUAUAUAUUUUUGAAAAUAACAUCUACUACCAGACUGAAGUAAAAAGCAGUGCAUUGCGCCUCACUUCAUCAGGGAAGGAAGGAAUUAUCUACAAUGGGAUUGCAGACUGGUUAUAUGAAGAGGAGGUGAUACAUUCCCAUGUUACUCACUGGUGGUCCCCAAAUGGAGAACGUCUGGCAUUUCUGAUGAUCAAUGACUCCUUGGUACCUAAUAUGAUAAUCCCACGUUUUACUGGCAAUUUGUACCCAAAGGGAAAACAAUAUCCAUAUCCUAAGGCAGGUCAAGUCAAUCCAACAGUGAAACUAUUUGUAGUAAACCUCUAUGGACCAACUCAUACUCUUGAAUUGAUGCCUCCGGAGAGCUUCAAAUCCAAAGAAUAUUAUAUCACAAUGGUAAAAUGGGUCAGCAGCACCAAGACGGUGGUAAACUGGUUGAACAGACCUCAAAAUGUUUCCAUUCUUACCACGUGUGAAAUAACAACUGGGGCUUGUUCUAAGAAACACGAAGCAGUCUCUGAAGUCUGGCUUUCUAGACAAAAUGAGGAACCAGUAUUCUCAGAGGACGGUAGCAAGUUUUUUAUGACUGUUCCUGUAAAACAAGGUGGUCGUGGAGAAUUCCAUCACAUAGCAAUGUUCACUCUUCAGCCAAAAAGUGAAUUAAGCAGUGUUCGACACCUGACAUCAGGAAACUGGGAAGUCACCCAAAUUCUUGGAUUUGAUGAAGUCCUUCAGAAGAUACACUUCAACCACAACUUUGUUUCUUCACCCAGCUUUCUGAGUGUUUCAAACAUUUAUUUCAGGUUUCCAUCAUUGGCUGCAUUUUUAAUUAUGUUUGUUAGUGUAAUACAUGGUUCAACUUUCAAUGCAUCCAAUAUGUAUUGGCUUUCAGUAAUAACACAAGUAAAACAUUUUCUAUCCAGUGUUGUAACCUUGUUGUUUUUACUUGUUCUGUUAAACAGUGUUCACACUGCAGGAUCAUUUCACCGCCAGUGUCUUUCCUGUAAUUUCCAGAGGGAUAACUGCACCUACUUCAAUGCUCAUUUCAGCCCCAGUAACGGGCACUUCAUUCUGCACUGUGAAGGUCCCAAUGUACCAAUGGUCUCUGUCCAUAGCACAAGCAAUCCAAACAGCUCCUACAUAUUGGAAAAUAAUACUGUUCUGCAUGAAAUUAUCAAAGGAAAAAGGAUCCACAAACCAGAGUACAGGACUGUGCAUAUUUAUGAUUAUGAGCUCACUCUACAGUUAUCGUUUCCCGAGGGCUUUGAUGAAAACAUCCUUUAUCCUGUCCUACUGUUUGUUGAUGGAGCCCCAGGGAGCCAGCUGGUUACUGAUAAGUUUUGGAUUGACUGGGACUCAGUACUUGUCAGCUCUGAUAAUGUCAUCCUUGCUCGCUUUGAUGGCCGAGGGAGUGGUUUUCAAGGGCUUAAAAUUCUUCAGGACAUCCAUCGAAGGUUGGGAACGGUGGAAGUCGAAGACCAAAUUAGAGCAGUGCAAUCAUUGAAGAAAUUACCCUUCAUUGAUACAAACAGAAUAGCGAUUUAUGGGAAGGCAUACGGAGGCUAUGUCACAGCUAUGAUCCUUAGAUCUGAUGACCGAAUGUUCAAGUGCGGCGUUGCUGUGGCACCAAUCACUGACUGGAAAUUAUAUGCUUCUGCAUUCACAGAGCGAUACCUUGGAUUGCCGUCACGAGAUGCAAAUAUAUAUCAAGAAUCUAGUGUUCUACAAAAUUCUAAGGAACUGAAAGAUGUGAAUUUUCUAAUUAUCCAUGGGACAGCUGAUGCAAAUGUACAUUUUCAGCACACAGCAGAGCUGAUACAACACUUGGUUAAAGCUGAAAGAAACUACACUAUGCAGAUUUACCCAGAUGAAGGCCAUUUUAUUACAGAUGAAAAAAGCAAACUUCAUAUGUACAGUGCAAUCCUCAACUUUUUCAGAGAGUGCCUCAAGCAAGAAACGCAUAAAUUACAGAAAGUACCAGAGGAGGAUGAAUAAAAUCCAACAGUUAAAAAAAAGUAAACUCUAAGUAUCUUUAUAAAGACAAAACUAACAGUCUGGAACACUCAAAACCCAGCAUUAAAGACCACUGUUAGUGGAACAUGGAAGUACUUAGGCAGCUACAAGAAAUUUACGGGGACAGCACAUUAGAGAUUAAGAAUCCGAUAACUGGCAAAAAGGACUUGACAUUCAUGUGCCAGGUCCAAGAAUAUUUGCAAAGGAGCAGAAAAACUGUUUUGGGAGUGCAUCAACCUGUUAGUACACUUUAAAGAAGCAGAAUCCAAUUGUGCAAACUUCAUCCACACCUUCAGCUUUUAUGCAUGUGUGUUUUAUUUGGCCUCACUGCUGUAUAUGUUAAUAAUAGUUGAGGUGUGAACAAACAUUCAAAAUACACAUUUAUUUUCUUUUUAAUUUUGUACUAUCACUCGCACAAAAAUGUGGCAUAAAUUAUGAUGUGCAUCCUUUUGUCAAACAUUGUGAUUUGCAUAUUUAAAACUUCCAAAUUCCCUUGCAUCUCAUUUUAUCAUGAUAAAUAAAAGAAUUUAUACAAUUCUCUUUAAAGGUAAAAUGUUUUUGUAAAAAUAGCUGUGGUAUUGUCUUUCACUAUUUGUAAUUGAUUACACAGUAAUUCACCAUUACAAAAAUCUUGAUUUUCAAGAUAUAUAUUUCAAUUAUCGCUGACGGUAUAAUAAUAUCAAUUUAGGAAAGAUCAUGUCUUCAUCAUCAGGCAAUAAAACGUCGUGAUAAGAUUUUUAUUGGCAUAUUGCCACAACCAUAAAUGAGAACAUAAGGACUUGUGUGAUUCCCUUCUCUGCAACUAGGUUAUUUACCACAUCUGGUUUCAUAAAAUAUACAAAAACUAAUAAAUGAUUUAGUAACCUCCAUCUAUUGGAUUUUGCCCAAGAGAAAAACCAUCGGAUAGAUGAUAUUUCAAUGAGUCAUCAUUAAAAUCUCUUCCAGAUUCUCUAAUUAUUGGUGCAUCUUCCAGUAUUCAUUAUUCAAGUAGUGAUUAGAUCUACAACAAGAAACAACAUCAAUGUAACAAGAUGGGAAUUAACAGCAUAGAAAUAUGCAAUUCAGUAACUGUAUCAAUAGUCAUUAUGGCCGUAAACUUUGGCCUUGUCAGAGUGUCCUUCUGUGGAACCAGAAUGGAAAUUAUUCCUGGUAUUACUUCUAACAAUUCCUUAUUAUAGUUUAGUGUGAUUAAAUAAUUUAUCAAUGUUCAAUCCACAAAUUUUCAUGUUCAAUGUUCACGAUAGAUUGCAUCAGCAGCAUCUCAAUAGCUGCAAGUGUGCCAUCAUGUGG